CAAAAAAUCAUGCCCUGAAUUGCUGUGGUAUGUACAUUGGUGUUCUAUCUGGAGGUGAUCUCAUGCUGACCUUUGGUAGAUGCUUUGUGUGUGUUUUUCAUUGAUAAGAGAACGCUGGUGGUUGUCCUCACGGAUCGGGGUUAGCGUGGGCCGGCGCGGAGAAAUCCGAAAACCGAUGGUGGAGCAGCAAUCCAGCCGCAUCGACCCCUGCCAGUCCAUUCUGGUGGUGCCCUCAAUAAUUUUGGAUCACAAUAACCUCACCUCGCGCAUUGGUCUUGCGCACCAACCUCCAACAACCCCCAUUUCGACGAUAAUUCGCCUUCUUUAUAUUUUGAAAUUUGCCAACAGAUAUCACUGCCACCAGCGCUUCACCCUGUUAUGGUUGCCCUGUGUUGAAGGGUUCACCAAGCUCCUCGAGGCUCUACACGUCUCGAGUCAAGUCGCGAAGCCAGGCUUGGCCUUUCGAACUUGA